GCUCAACAGUCGUCCGACGCCAUGAGGGUCCAGCUCUGUGCCUAUCAGGCAAUAGCCUCUUCGUUUUUUUUGCCCAGCCACAGGUGGCGGAAGCGGGCCGGGCGCAUUGUCGUGCCGGCCGCAGGAGAGGGAAACGGGGCGGGCCGGGCAGGUUGGGCGGCCCGCGAAGGCGGCCGGGAAGCGGGGGCGGGCCGGGGGCCUGCUAGAGAGACGCACCCCGCAACCAGUACCAAGUGCCGCGCCCGGGGCCGCGGGGGCGGGCCCGCUACUUAGGUGUUGCGCGGGAAGUUGAAGCGAUCGCGUGGCGCCGCCCUCUGCCCGCUUCCUUGCCGGCCUAUUCACCUCGCACGCCGGGAGCCCGCAUCUGCAUGCUCGGUGACAGAGGCAGCAUUCGAGCAGAUGAACGCUGGCAAUGACAGCGAGGGGGCCGCCCUGUUAUCGGAGACGCUCGGCGGCCCGCCUGCUAGCCUCCUGCGUCGCUAUGCUUGCCCGCCGCCCCCCGGUGUCGCGUCCGUACAUCGGGGGGCGCCUGCUCGUGUGUUGUUGCCGUGUGGGCCCCCCUGGCUGCCCCGCCGCGCGGGCCAGGCCGCCAGUGGCGACGAGGAUGGAAGGGAAAUGGGGCCGGGUUGGCUGGGGCCUUUUCGGAAACACACAAAGAAAACCCCGUGCGCCCGGCGCCCAGUGGGCCGGGCCCGGCUGCAGCAAGGGCCUCCCGGCUGAAGGAGCACGCAGCGCCGUGCGAGCGCGCGCGCCGCGCCACGGCUCCUGCGGUGCAGCACCGGGGGUAGUGUUUGCCGGUCGUCUUCAGAGAAAGUGGGUCGUCCGCUGGCUUCGCAGCCGCCGGUGGCAGCAAAUUGUUUGGAUGGCUGCAGGGGGGGCCUCGCCGGUACGUGGGCAUGGCCCGUCCGCUGAUGGAUUGCGCAGUAUACCGCCAGACCGCUCGGACAGAGCUCCUGCUAGUUCGCGUUUUUUGCAUGCGAGGAACUCCUAUAUUAGUGCAGCUGGC